CAACGUGACGUAAUUGUCCAUUCAUACUUUUUAUUCAUUCAGUUUUUAGUUUUCAAAACACAAAUAUUCACGUGCGAUAAUGUUGUGCGGUUACUGUACAUAACGAUAAUAAAAAGUGCUUCAUAUUAUGUUUGUUAGUUGUACAUUAAAUUUGCAGAAUUUCGUUUUAAAACCAAUCUAAAUGCAUUAAUUCAAAGAUACUAAAGUAUUGGCACGGAGCACAUGCGCCAUGCAUGUUUGAAUUUGUUUGAAAUUGUUGAUAUCCCUGAAAUUCUUUAAAUUAACGCAAGGAGAAACUUUCAAGAAAAAUCUUGAGUAAAAAUCCAAGGCGAAAGCAGACAAGUACAAGUUGGACAUUACGACACUCCGGAAGUGGCGGGACAAGCCGGCAGAACGGGCUCGUUCCGAGAGAGAUAACAGCGGAUGAAAGAGAUAAACAGUUAUGGAUUUAACAUGGCGGACGAUACGCGUAAAGUGCGAAUCGAGGAAAGAUUGAAAAUAAAGAUUGGUGAAGCAAAGAACUUGCCAGGUCGCAAUCAUGGUGCGGCGUGUCAUCGAGACAUAUACUGCGUGCUGUCGCUCGAUCAGGAGGAAAUAUUUCGUACGUCCACCAUGGAGAGAACACUUAACCCAUUUUUCGGAGAAGAGUUCCAGUUUGAAGUUCCCAGACGAUUUCGGUACUUAUCAAUAUACGUGUUCGAUCGUGACAAACAUCUCAAACAGGACAAAGUGCUCGGAAAAGUUGCAAUCAAACGAGAAGACCUGCACCGGUACAACAACACAGACCACUGGUUCGCGCUGCGACCGGUCGACGCAGACUCAGAGGUGCAGGGGAAAGCUUACAUCGAACUCACCCUCGAGGAUUCGAGAAAGCGGUUACGGAUGGAGCCGAAGCCCCCCGACCCGGACCCGGCCGCCGACAACUGCUCGGCGAAGAGCAAACAGAACAAUCUCGUGAGAUUAUCGGAGUAUUGUAAGGAGAGCAUGAGAUUAGGAUCUUGCUCGAGCUCGACGAGCAAGAAGCUGCUGAGCGUGGCGACAGAGCCCGCCAUGUCUCUGUCGCGGUCGGAGAGCCUGAAAGAUCGAGCCCAGCUGACGUCACGCUCGAAGCCGCCCCUGCACGCCAUGCCCGAGACCGACACCUCGCCCACUCCCACCGCCGCCGACUACUGGUCCGACCCGGAGCGGCACUGCGCGGCCAGGGUCGGCUACGACACCAUACGCCUGCGGGUGCUCGAAUGCUCCGAGCUCACCACCAAGAAUGGACAGUGCGACCCCUUCGCUCUCGUCACGUUACUCUACUCGAACGGACGGAGAGUCGAGAAACGCACCAAACCCAAAAAGAAGACUGUCAACCCCCAAUUUGAUGAAAUAUUUUGUUUUGAUCUCGUAAUGGAAGCGGACCCAAAAGACAAAGACGGCUCCCAAACGGCCGGCUUAGCGUGCGAAGCUAGAGUGUCGGUGUGGCACGAUGCGACCACGCCCAUAUUUCUUGGCGAAGUGCGACUUCAGCUGCGGCAACCGACGCCCUCGCCCUUGCGAGCUUGGUUCUUCCUGACGUCGCGCGCGGGCGGCGCCCUGUCCCGCGGCGCCACCCCGCCCGGCACGCGGCUGUCGGCGGCGGGCAGCGCCACGCUGGGCUCGCUGAGGCUGCUGCUGCAGUACACCGUCGACCACGUCUUCCCCAAGAACCACUACCGCAGCCUCGAGGAACUCUUCCUCCGAAGUGUGCAUCAGAAGCCCACGACAGCGUCGGCAGUGUACAUCCUGGGCGAGAUUGUUGCGAGCAAGACGGACGCAGCCCAACCCCUAGUAAGACUGUUUAUGCAUCACGAUCUCAUCGUUCCCAUCGUCAAAGAACUCGCCGAUUCCGAAAUAUCGGCCCUUACUGAUGCGACCACAAUAUUCCGAGGCAACACACUGGUGUCUAAAAUGAUGGACGAGGCGAUGCGGCUCAGCGGCGCGUCUUACUUACGUGCCGUGCUGCGGCCCACUCUCGCCGCUGUGCUCGCAGAGAAGCGACCCUGCGAGAUAGACCCGGCCAGGGUCAAACCCUCCGCCGCUAUUACCGCUAAUUUGACCAACUUGAAAGACUACGUUGAACGGGUGUUCGGUGCGAUAACGUCGUCGUACGCGAUGUGUCCGGCCACAAUGUGCAGACUGUUCGACGCGCUGCGGCAAUGUGCGGCGCGACACUUCCCCAGGAACGCAGAAGUGCGGUAUUCUGUCGUCUCGGGAUUCAUUUUCUUGAGAUUCUUUGCGCCCGCCAUACUCGGACCCAGGCUGUUUGACCUCACAACAGAACAAAUUGAUCCGCAAACCAACAGAACCUUAACAUUGAUCUCUAAGACGAUCCAGUCGCUGGGGAACUUGGUGAGCAGUAGGUCGGCGCAGCAGGUCUGUAAGGAGGAAUACAUGGCUGAACUGUACAGAAGCUUCUGCACGCCAAGACAUGUGCAAGCAAUAAAGCAGUUUUUAGAAAUAAUAUCAACGAGCACAGACACACAGAACAACAACGUACAAGAGACGCCUGUGUUACUUAAAGAAGGAUAUGGGACGAUGAUCAAACGUUCUGAAGGAGUGCGGGGCGGCGGAUCGCCCCGACGACGCUGGACUCGCGCUCCGCACGCGCACGCCAAGCGGAGGCACUUCCGACUCACGAGCGGCGAGCUGGUGUGGUCCCGGUGCGGGGCGCGCGGCGGCGCCCAGCGACUGUCGCUGUCGGGCGUGCUCGCCGUGGCGCCCGUGGACUGUCCGCCGGCCGGCGCGCCGCUCGGGACCAACAACAUAUUUCAGAUAGUGCACCACGAGCGCGUGAUGUUUGUCCAAGCGAGUAACUGCGUGGAGCGAGCCGAGUGGGUGCGCAUGUUGCUGGCGCUGUGCCGCCGCUCGCCCGCCGCUCCCCUGCACACCGGCUACUACGCAGACACGCACUGGACCUGUUGCGGUCGCACGGAAGCAGUAGCGGAAGGUUGCGGUGGGACAGAGAACGGCAUGGAGGCGGGGGACGGCACCGCGGCCGGCGUCGCUCUGGCGCUGCGGCUCGACCCGGCGCGGGACCUGCAGCGGCUGCACGCGCUGCUCGUCUCGCACGCCGCCGCACUCGACGACAGGCUACACCGACCUCAACUAACUACGAGUAUAGAAGAACGCGAGGCAGAAGCGGCUACCCUACGAGAGUUGCAAGAGGCUAUGUUUAACCUAGAGCACCAGCAUCGAAUAUACCGACGGUCGCUAGCUCGAGAAACUAAAUACGGAAGCAAACAAGCGCCAAUAGGCGACGACAACUAUUUACACUUAGCCGGAGCAGGAGGGGUGGACUGCUGCGGGUUGCCGUGGCGAAAUUGGCGCAGCGACGCUGCGGUCGAUCUCGACGGUAAGCCGCUGCGGCGCAACGACAUGACCUCGAGCACAGAGUCGCUGCGCCGGCACGCCGACGAGCGCUCGUCCGGCAAGUCGACACGCUCCGCCGGCAGCGGGUACCUCGCCAUGUCCUGCUUGCGGCACGAGCCGGCCGACGACAGCGACGCGUCGGAGCGACCCGCUCGGCCGCCCAAACCAGCGCGACUGUCGCCUCCCCGCGCCUUCAUCGACCCUCCUGCCGACUAUGUGCCUGUUGAACCUCCGCCGCGAUGUCGAGAGUACGAGCUGAUGUCAGACUUCGUGAGUCGGGCCCGCGCUCUUGAUGACGAGCCUCCUCCCGCGGUGCCGCCCCGCACCCGUCCCCGCCCCGUCGAGCCGCCGCGUCCCUCUAGCGCGGCCGACGCCGUCUCCACAGAUGACAGUUUGAUUGAUGAACUACAACGCGGAUCAUACUGUGUGCUCAGAGUGUGCGAAGACGAAUCCCCAGUACCGGAGAACUUUGGGGAGGAGGCUGUGGAGGCCGUCGACCAAUCUAAUGAACCGUUCCAACGUUCGAGCGUACAGCGGAAAUCAAACCCUACCCGAUCUCGGAUCAGUCCGACUCGACCCCUCAAAACAUCCAGUUCGACUUCUAACGUGCCGGAAGCAGCUCGCACCGCUUCCUCAUCGCGGCUUUUCGCUGAACGUCUAACUCCCUUUUUUUUUAAACGGAAACCAAAACCUCUUGAAGAGGCGACAAGCAACUCCCGACGUGAAGAAAAAGACAACAUGUUCGGGCGCUUGACUCCGCGUUUCGGUCAGGCAAGGCUGACGGGGCGCGGACGGUCGCUGGAGCUGACUGCGGAGGAGGCUCGUCCGCGGCGCAUCGAGCGCUCCGCCACCACAGUCAACAUCCCCCCGCGCCCCAUGAACUCAUCGAUCGUCGCCAACUUGAAGUUCCUGAGUCUGCACAGGUACGGGCCGCAGGAGGCGAACCGAAAGUCCCCAGGCGAGGCGGAAGGUGCGUCGUGGCGGCCGCAGCAUUCCGCCUCGCUGUUGGCCACUGCCUCUACCGACAUCCGCCUUUAACGUCGCUCGAGAACAAACUCCAAAUAAUAUAUUUUUCCAUCGAACGAGGAUAUCAAACUUGCGACCUGUUUUGUUGUACAUCUGAGCUACAUUUUGCCUUAUGAAUUUGUCAGUUUCAAAUAAUACAUUGCUUGCACUAUAUGAAUGUACUUAAGUAUGCAUGUUUUGAUAUUAGACGUGUCCCUGUCAAGGCGUGUGUCUGUUAUGUACAUCAUUAAGGGCCUUAGUACAAGUGAGGUCUGUCUGCGGCCGCGACCUUCGGGUUCACACAAUAUUAUACUUAAUCUGUGAUUCACUUUACACACUCGGCUCAUAUUUUUAAAUAUUUUAGAUCUAGUUUAAAUGUAUGAUGUAUGUACAUAGUCAAUUAUAAAAGAUUCGAGGAAUUCGAAUAUUAAAAUUGCUCUAAAAAAUUAUUUUUAAUUAUAAAUUUAGUUUUAUUGAUAUUUUGUAUUAAAAAGAUUUGACUUAUUGACUAGUUGUUCUAAGGUAUUUUGGCGGCUAUUACACUGUCAACGUAUUUAAGUAUAGUGCCAAGUUGUAAAAUAAAACUUUUAAUGUAAGGAUGCAUUUACUCAUCAAAAUCACUUUGCCUUUGACUGUCUAGUGCCUAAAAUUGUUAUAAGUUAUGAGGAAAAUUUGUCUGUUAUUAUCAGAAAAUUGUCAUCUAUAGUUUUGUUAUUAAUUUAAUAAAUAAUAUUUAUUGUACAUAAACAUUUACAUACACUUAGGAAUUUAUAAGGAAACAAUACUUUAGUGUUUCUAAAGUAUGUAACUGAAACUGUGUGAAUUGUUUUAAAACAUUUAAAAGAUUUCAUGGAUUUAGUCUUGUUAUGCUCCAAAAUAUAUGUAUGUGUUUAAGUUCUAAUACAUAGAAAUAACAAUGUCACAGGCACAUAAUCAGUGUAUGUUUCCUUAAAAUGGAUUUGAAUGUUUAUGUUGGGAAAUGAACCUUACGAUUUCGUCCAAUAUUCUGUUGCUUAACAUUGUUCUGUUGCAAAAUAUGUUAAAAAGAACUGAAACGAAACUUUAAAAAGAGAUUAUUCCGAAAUAAAUUACGAAUUCACUGCCAGCAUUGUUAUACCUAUGUAUAAUUUAACAAAAGAAAAAAUUUAAAGCAGUAUUAAUAUUAAAGUGAUGAUUUAACGUCUAACUAUCAAGCGAGCCAUCGAAUUUUGUCAAUUUUUUGCACUUUUACACCAUGGUCUACGUGACCGUUGCUAGGUUAAACUUUCUUUUUAUAAAAUUCAAGGAGUAUUGUUUUCUUGGUAACGACACGAAAAAACGAUAAAUAUUUAUGAAUAAGUCUACUCAAAUAUCUCUACGAUGAUGGCAUUACAAUGUUACACAAAAUUCCUUGUAACAUAAAAAUAUAAUGUUCUAAAUCUUAAAUAUUUUGCAUAUAAAGAUAUUAUUGUUAAUAAUUACUCAUAUUUAGGACGUUCUGAAAAUAAAAAUUCAAAUUUACAAUAAAUUUACUCAAUAUUUAAUUAUAGCAUUGUCUAAAAGUCCAACAUCAAUAUGUAUAGCAUUGUAUGUCCUAGCUGCUCUUCUCGUAUGUAAAAGAAUUUUAAUAAUGUAUAAUGUGAUGUAAAACGUAUCCAAACAACUCGCACACAGUGGCCAGCCUAUUUAUUACAAAGUAAGCCUAAAAACAAUAAAAAAAUCGUUUUUCAUCAGAUUACACACAAGAAUGUACAAAUGAAUAAUUAUUAUAAACAUAAAAUGUUAUUUAUUUCAUCUUUUUUUUUCAUUUUGUUAAUAAACUUCACUGAAAUUAAAAUUUA